AUGAUUCUCUUUAAAAACUUUACAAAUCCUGAAUAAAAAUUCGGGGCUGACUCUAAAAACCAAGCUUAAGCAUCAUUCUAGAAAUAUUCAGACCUACCUACUAAUCUUGGCCAGUUGUACUUUGAUGCGAUUGAAGAGAGAAAUUUUACAUAAAUUAAGAUUGAUAUGUUUUCAACAGCAAUUAGAAGGAAUAUUGAAUAAUUUGGCAUUUCAAGAAGAGACAUACUUGAGAAAAUAGAUGGCAAGAAGGCAUAGCUAAAAAUAAUGUCAGAUAUGAAUCAAAGUUUAAAGAGGAAAUAUAUUAAGAAGAAUGUGGAUUAUAAAAAAGCAUUGAGAGGUGAGAAUGUUGAUGAACCGAAGAACUUCUUCCAAUAGCUUGUAUUUGAUAUUAAGAAAGAUAUUUAAAUGGCUACUUAGGCUACUUAAAAACUCGAUUAGAAAUUAGUGCAAAACCAAAAUGAAGAUCCAUUAGCGAAAACCUAGGAGCUAACAGUAAAUUACUAAACAGGGGAUGCAAUCUCAAUAUCAACACAAUUAGUUAUGUUGUCACCAGGAGCAAAUAGUACCUAACCUUUUGAAGAUAUUAAUGAUUAGAUAGAGUAAGCACAGUAGUUAACAGCAAAUAAAGCCAAAAUGCAGUAAUAAAUAAGAUAAUUGAAACAUAUGGAGUAGCUAGAGGUUAAAACUAUAUCUGAGAGAUCACAUGAGGAUUCUAUGGAUGUGUCUAUGAGCAUGACUUCUUCAAAAGUAAAUACUCCAGGUGGCCAUCAUAAGAACUAUUUAUCAAGUGGAACAAUCCAGAGAAAACUUCAAGGCGAGUUAGAUGCAGAUGAAUCAGCAGCUAAUGAAGCUGAUUAAUAACUUAAAAGAGAUCUUAAUGUUGGCAAUAGGGGUAAAAAGAUUUAAAUUCUUGAUCUUUUAAAUGAAAUAUGCGAGGAAGUCGAUGAAAAUAAAUAAGAUGAGAAUGAUACUACUAUAAUAGGUGAUGGUAAACAAGAGGAAGAGGAGGUUGAAACCGAGAGAGAAGAAAAUAGGAUUAUUGAGCAAAUAAUGAGAGCAUUGCAAAUCAAGGAUAAUAGUGAUGAAGAUUACAACAGCUUAAUCUCAACUACUGAUGGCAUUUACCUUUAGAAUAUCAACAGUGACUAACUUGAAACAGUUAUAAAGUACCUUUAUAACAUUGACGAUCCAGAGAAGCAUAAAUUUGAAAUGCCACAGCAGUUCAAUGUGCUAAUGAAUCUAUUUGAAACUGCAGAGUACCUUGGUUUAGAUUAGAUGAAAGUACAGAUUACACUAGAAAUAUUGAAAAAAGAUGAAUUUCAAAAAUAUACUAAUGUUAGAAGACAUUAUAUAGAUAAUUUGGCUGAGAAUCAAUUAGAGGAUAUAAAUUAGACAGAAUAAUGGGCCUAUGUACUUGGAGGAUUCUAUAGAAAUUUCACUAAGCAAAGAAUAGAAUACAUGGAAAAGAUGAAAGAUGAUGAAUCGUUUAGAUUCGUCUUUGAUGAAGAUUUACAAUAUCUAACCAAAGAAUAUUAUGAUUCAAAGUAAAUUCUAAAGGCUCAAUAUAAUUUAUAGAGACCCUUGAUUCUAUUCUCAGCCUUUGAAGCUACAAGUUUUGCCAUAUGUUCAAGAUUCUCUAGGACACUCCUGAGUCUCGAACUAAGAGCCUGCUCUAAUUUAACAGACAAGGGUAUUAUUCAGCUAUGUGAAGGAUUAUCCGGAAUCAAGGAAAAGAGGAAUGGCUAAGAACCCACAGAUGAAUUCUCUAGAUACAGAUAGUUCAAUAGACAUGAAACACUAGCAAAACUUAAACAUCUCAAUAUUGCCGAUCUCAAACAAAUUACUAACCGUGCGAUGAAAAGCAUAUCAUUCAACUUAUUCCCUGAGCUUGUUGACCUAUCUAUUUGGGGAUGCUACAAGAUAACGAAUGAGGGAUUCUUGGAGCUCUGUACCGCUUAUAGGUCAGAGAACUUUAGAAGAGUUAACUACUGUGGAUGCUAUAAGAUUUCAGAUGACUCAAGAUUGUGGAUUUCCUCUUCUUUUUCAAGGGUCGUUAUCUAUAAUAAGGUUGACGACUUUGGAAAGGAACUGAAUCUUAAUGAAGUUGUUCCACCACAAGCUGAGAAUGUUAUUUUAAAUGCUGAGAAUUCAUUAAGCCAUUGA